CUGCGCGUCGUCCGCCCCCCUCAGGCCAGCGCCGUGACGUUAGGGGACGCAGUGGGCGGACACCCAACGGUUUUCCCGCCCGCAGCCAAUAGGAGUCGAGCAGCUCGCUCGUCUCGGCCAAUCGGCGCGCGAUACGGUUUAAAGCGCUUUAUAAGCGGGCGGUUUGAACUGUCGAAGACGUCGGGCGGACUUUGCAUGGAGAGAAUGGAGCCCUGCACAGCCAAGAGUCACCCUGCAGUGUCUGGCACUCAUGUGAAGCGUUUACCUUCUGUGGCCGAUGGCCCCAAACGGGUCCCAAUGACACAACUGCAGCAGCAGAGACAGAUUGGCCAGGUGAAGGCGCCAGUAGCGGUCCUUGGUGCGAAGAGGGUGCCUUCUUCUACUUCUAAUGUUCCACAGAGAGUGCUUUCCCAGAAACCGCUUGUAACCAAUCAAAAACAAGUACUCCCAUCGGCGGCCAAUCAGGCUCAACCUAAUCCCAUACCACAGGUCCAGCCAGCAUCCCGCACACAGCCAGCCAAUGAAAACCGAGACCCAAAUGGUACUACAGCUCCUCCCCCUGCAGACAAGAAAGUUGCCGCCAAUCCAAGCCAAAUGGUGUCCUCUACCAUCUCUGCCACUUCUACAAAUAAGGAAGAGGGUAAAAAGAAGCAGUGGUGUCUGGAGGACUUUGAGAUUGGCCGUCCUUUAGGAAAAGGAAAGUUUGGCAAUGUGUAUCUGGCCAGGGAGAAGAAGAGUAAAUUCAUCAUGGCUUUGAAGGUUCUCUUUAAAUCCCAGUUGGAGAAAGCCAAUGUGGAGCAUCAGCUGCGCAGAGAGGUGGAGAUCCAGUCACACCUGAGACAUCCAAAUAUUCUUCGGUUAUACGGCUAUUUCCACGAUGCCACCAGAGUCUACCUUAUCCUGGACUAUGCUCCCCGAGGUGAGCUCUUCCGGGAGCUGCAGCGGUGUACGCGGUUUGACGACCAACGAGCUUCUACUUACGUCACACAGCUGGCUGAUGCUCUAAUAUAUUGCCAUGCCAAGAAGGUGAUACAUCGGGACAUCAAACCGGAGAACCUGCUUCUUGGCGCUAAUGGGGAAUUAAAAAUUGCAGAUUUCGGCUGGUCUGUGCACGCCCCAUCGUCUCGGAGGACCACAUUGUGUGGCACACUGGACUAUUUACCUCCAGAGAUGAUCGAAGGGAACAUGCAUGAUGAGAAGGUGGACCUGUGGAGCCUUGGAGUCCUUUGCUAUGAAUUUCUAGUGGGCAAACCUCCAUUUGAGACAGAUUCACACCAGGAAACCUAUAGGAGGAUCUCAAAGGUGGAGUACAAUUUUCCCCCACAUGUGUCGGAGGGAGCAAGAGAUCUCGUCAGCAAACUGUUAAAGCAUAACCCUGACCACAGGCUGCCACUAAAAGAUGUGCUCGAGCAUCCUUGGGUGGUCCAGAACUCUAACAAACGCCCCACGUCAUACACCCAAUGAUGAACAGCAGAGACCUGUGUUGGGGGGGCGACACUGCUUCCUGCAUCUGUUCUCAAACCUCACCACAAAACAAGCCUUUUAUAAUCCACAUUGUACCUGAUCCACUUCAGUCUUCAACAUCUUAAUUGGACAAAAUCUAGCUAAUCCAGACCGUGUACACUGAAUAUUAAUCUACUUUAAAUAGUUCUCCAGGAAAGGGGGGCAACGCAUUAAGUCCGCUAGUGUUAGUGUUUUUUUUCCCUUUUACUGGUUUGUGGUCCUCUGCUAGUCUUCCUUCACUGGACAGCUGAGUGGUUCGAACACUCGCUGCAGUUCACUAGCAUCCACUGCAGCACUACCAAAGCUUGUCCCUUGCAGAAAACUUAAGAACAUCCUUCUAUGAGUGUAUUAAGGAGUCUCUUCACUGGAGAACUGUUCUUAUGACCUGCAGCGUCCAGGCAUGUAAAGAGCUGUGACUGGGGACGGUCUAGUAGAUCCUAGGCAUGUGCAGAGCUAUGGUUGGGGACUGUCUAGUAGAUCCUAGGCGUGUAAAGUGCUGUGGACUGUCCAGUAGAGCCUAGGCAUGUAAAGUGUUGUGGCCUGUCCAGUAGAGCCUAGGCAUGUGCAGAGCUAUGGUUGGGGACUGUCUAGUAGAUCCUAGGCAUGUGCAGAGCUAUGGUCCGGGACUGUCUAGUAGAUCCUAGGCAUGUGCAGAGCUAUGGUCCAGGAAUGUCUAGUAGAUCCUAGGCAUGUGCAGAGCUAUGGUCCGGGUAUGUCUAGUAGAUCCUAGGCAUGUCCAGAGCUGUGGUUGGACUGUCCAGGGUUAGGAUGACCAGUGCAAUAGCGAUACGAAUGCCUUGAUGUAUUUAUUUGGCUGCCGCUGCAGUCACUGAACAGCUGCUUGAAUCUGUGAAUGGGUCAUCCAAUCUUGCAUGUAAAUGUUUUUUUAAAUGUUUCUCUUCAAGUGUUCUGUCCUUUCUUCUUUAAUUGUUUAACUUUCAAUUUUUUUUAAAUAAAAAAUAAAGUUCUAUGCUAUAACUUGA